AUGCGCCGGGGGUCUAAGCGGCGCCCGGCAGCCGGCGGCGGAGCAGCGCCAUGGCCGGGCGGGGGAAGCUGAUCGCGGUGCUGGGGGACGAGGACACGGUGACGGGCUUCCUGCUGGGCGGCGUGGGCGAGCUCAACAAGCACCGCAAGCCCAACUUCCUGGUGGUGGAGAAGGACACGAGCCUGACCGAGAUCGAGGAGACCUUCCGGAGCUUCCUGGCCCGCGAGGACAUCGGCAUCAUCCUGAUCAACCAGUUCAUCGCGGAGCUGAUCCGGCACGUGCUGGACGGGCACACCCGCUCGCUGCCCGCCGUGCUGGAGAUCCCCUCCAAGGAGCACCCCUAUGACGCCGCCAGGGACUCCAUCCUGCGCCGCGCCCGGGGCAUGUUCACCGCCGAGGACCUGCGCUAGGGGCCGCGCUGCCUGCACUGCCCAGCCGCCCGGCUCCCUCCCUCCUCAGCCCACCUGUCCCCGGGGGAGUGGCUGCUGCUGCAGUAGUUCUGGGUGAUGAAAAGCAUCUGCCUCCCUCCUCUACCCCCCCCCCAGUGAACUGUGGCCAGGCCCAGCCUGGCUCCCCGGCGGGGGGUCAAAGAGGGUGCCAGAGCUGGCCCGUGCCCUUUGCUUGGCCGCACCCCUCUUGUUUCCCAGGGCCUCGGCUCCCCCUGCCCUCCGUGUGCUGCCGGCUCCGUCUCGUCUAUGUUCCUGUGAUGGUUGAGCUGUUACAUUAAAGCAGAGAAGCCCCCCUG